AUGAAGUACAAUCAGUGCUUCUUGCCUAACGGGCAGCGGAUCAAUGUGAACCCAUCAUUUGGCGGGUUUAAAUUUGCUGUCGAUGACGACAGCCUUUACGGCUCCUUUCCACCAGGGUGGUCGAUAUCUCUCUAUACCGAGAACUUAGAUGAGGGAAAGCCAUCCAUCAACGAGGACAGUCAGUCUCCAAUCAGUCAUGACUCUCCGUUUACAAAACCGACUCUCCUUGGCGAUGUAUUACACCUUUCUUCAAUGUCAACGCCAUCAAUUAACGACACGAAGCCUGAGAGCGCUGUUACCAGACAAGUGGCCAUGAUAUUAUUUGCCACCUUUCUCUGGUAUUUCCAAGAACCUGCACCAAACCGGCAUGUACCCACGUCCAAAGGAAAUGACAUACCAGAAAUAGCCAGAGCUACAGGAGAGUGGAGGCUAAGAGUUAAAGGAGAUGGCCUUCUUAGCGGGAAACACCGAAUGCAAAAACUCGAGAGAAUGGGCCUAAUUGCGACUGCCGAUCCUUCAGUGGGUUCGCAAGAGAAUCCAGAGACAUUUUACGAGAUGUUCAUUAGUCAAAGAGCGUUCUGGCAAUUGGAUCCUUCGAUCUAUCUCUUUACUCUAACCCCGCCCCGCUUUCCUGACAUCGAUGAGACCCGGGAUUAUCUCCCAUCAUUGGAUUCUUUUGGAAUUGGGUUCCCCUUUGGCGCUGGGCCCCAUACUUCCGGUUCCCUCAUGCCAUCAUACUACCCUCCUAUCCCACUUCAGUAUAUAUUUACCGACGGCCUUCGCCAUCCAAUCCGUCCUAGAGCUCCACGGCAAGGGGAGGUGUUUUACACCAGGUUCGUUCCCAGCCGUAGUCAAAACCUGACUCUCCGCAUACCUGUGGUCCCGAUGAAAGGCUCAUUGAGGACAUAUUCCGCAACAGAACAACCAAGCAAUUGGAAUGGCCCGGAUCUACGCCUUGACUCUGAACUUAUAAAUGACUUGAAGUUGCUUCACCGAUGGAUGAACCACUAUCCAACCAACACAAGCUUGAUCCAGACGGAUUCUUUAGAUGCCCAGAUGGAAAAUCUCAAGACUUGCAUGUCAAGCAAAUCAUCUUUUCCUGCACUAGCAUAUUGGGGCUCGACCGCAAUUGGCUAUUUGGAAAUAUUCUGGGUCCUCGAAGAUCGCCUUGGUCGGUUGCGGGGCAAUAUAGGGGACUGGGAUAGAGGUGUCCGGUUCUUCAUUGGGAACAACGACUUUAAUGACCUGAAGAACCUGGCGCUCUUCUUGAGCUCUGUGGUUCAUUACUGCUGGCUAUGCGAUCAGAGAACCUAUUCCGUCUUGGUAGAGGUUGGAGCAGACAAUGAAAGGUUCAUUUCAGGUCUACAAAACAUCGGUUUCUUCAGAGAAAGCGAAGUGUAUAUUUCCCAUGAGCAUGCCGUCGUCAUGAAAAUUAAGCGCAGUUUGUGGGUUGCGCCUAUUAACUGA